CUGGUCCCUGCAUCCCUAGCCCUGUUCCUGUGCAGAAUAGGUGGUUUGGGAGAAGACAGGGAGAGGGAUAGCCACAACUUCGAGGCUGCUAAUAAGAGUUGCUGCUUCUGGAACAGGAUGCUGGUCUGGCCCAUGCUAGUGGUGUCCUUCCAGAGCUGGCUGUAGAGCUGGUGGUGCUGCUGGUCUAAGGGCAGAGUUCCAGCCUGCCCUGGAGGUGUUAUCUGGGUCAGGAGUGGCUGGCGGUGAUGAGCACUCGGCAGCAAGCGCACCCACAAGUAAGCAAGGUAGAAUACAGGAUGCUACAAAGCAGUAGUUGCCCAUGUGUCCCUCCACACAGCCCACCCUGUACAGAAGGACAGUGCUGACCAUUGUGAAGCAGAGAGAAAUGUAGGCUUGAAGUCAGCCAGCCACAGAACCUGUGUAAUCCAUGAGCGUCCCAGGUAAAAGGGAUAAUAUGGUCACCCUACUUUAGCAGCCUGAAGGUGAAAGCAGGUGGAGUUUCUGCUGAUCUGAGGGAGGAGUAACUUCUCUUUGUCUAAACAGUAACACUGAGCUGUGGACACAACUUCUGCCAGGUCUGUGGUGAUUGGGUGCUGGAUACACAGAAGGGACCGGAAUUAUACUGUUAUACUGUAUUCCUGGCCUGAUUACAAAGUACAGUUCCAGGACUGACCAGCACUACACAGAAACAACUAUUCAUAAUAUACAGUAGUUGUGCAAUUCCAGUCUGCUCGGUCAAACAUCAACAGGAACACAAACGGAUCUAUACUUUGCAAAUUUGUGGCUGACUCGCUGUUAUUUCCUGCCAACACUUACUGCAGUAGCUCCAGCUUCAUGCAAGGUAUGGCGUCUGCAGAUUUGAGAGAGGAGCUGGACUGCUCCAUCUGUCUAAAUAUUUAUACAGAUCCUGUAACAUUGAGAUGUGGACACAACUUCUGUCGGGAAUGUAUUGAUCAGGUGCUUGAUACACAAGGUGGGGCUGGACGUUAUACUUGUCCUGAAUGCAGAGAAAAGUUCCAGGAUCGUCCAAUAUUGAGGAAGAACACGACUCUCUGUAACAUAGCACUGCGUUUCCUUUCUACUCACUCAGAGCAGGAGGAGGCUGCCAUAUUCUGCACACACUGUAUUCACUCUCGUGUACCUGCUGUUAAGACAUGCUUACUCUGUGAAGCGUCUCUGUGUGGCAGUCAUUUGAAAGUACACAGCAAAUCAGAGGAACAUGUGCUAAUUGAACCCACCACUGCCCUGGGGAACAGAAAAUGCGCAGUCCAUAAGAAAAUGCUGGAAUAUUAUUGUACAAAUGAUGCUUCCUAUAUCUGUGUGUCAUGCAGACUGGAUGGAGAACAUAAAGGACAUAAAAUAACAGCAGUAAAGGAUGCUUCUGACAAGAAAAAGGAAAAACUGAGAAAUGUUCUGGGGAAACUGACCUCAAAAAGUAAGGAGACUGAGAAAGUAGUCCGAAGUCUGCAGGAGCACAAGAAGAAAGUGCAGGAAAAAGCAGCGGGUGAAAUAGAAAAAGUCACUGCUCUGUUUACAGACAUCAGGAGAAAGCUGGAAGACCUAGAGAAAAGAGCCCUGGGUGAAAUAUCCAAACAGGAAAAUCAGAUUUCCAUUGCAAUUUGUCAUCUUAUUAAGCAGAUGGAAAUAAAGAAGGAUGAGCUGUCAAUGAAGAUGUAUCAUAUUCAGAAGCUGUGUAACAUGGCUGAUCCCUUAACCAUCUUACAGGAGUCAGACACAGGGGACUUGUGCUGUACCGAGGAAGAAGAUGAGGAGAGAGAGAGACUUGAUAAACAGGUCCACGAUCUAGGUAAUCUCAACGAGGGUCUGAUCUCAGAGAUAGUACAUGCAGGUUUAUCUGAUUUUAUGAAUUGGGUCAAACGCAUGCAUGUGCAGGCAGCUGUAGAUAUAUCAUUAGAUAUGAAUACGGCUUGCGAGGACAUAGAUAUAUCAGGUAACUUAAAAACGAUUUCUAGAUCAGAAAUAAAACUGUAUCAUCCUGCGAGAUUUCAGUAUUAUCCACAGGUCUUAAGCAGCAGCAGUUUUACUGCAGGACGCCAUUACUGGGAAGUGGAGACCAGCGAAUCAGGUACCUGGAAGAUCGGCAUGUGUUACCCCAGUAUAGACAGGAGUGGAGAUGACUCAUAUUUUGGAGACAAUAACAAGUCGUGGUGUCUGCGCAGGUAUAACAAUAAUCAGUAUUCAGUGGUACAUGACAGUAAAGAAAUCCAACUCGCUCACAAGUUUUCCUGUCAAACCUUGAGAAUAUAUCUAGACUAUGAUGCUGGGCAGUUGUCUUUCUAUGAGCUGGGUGAUCCAAUCAGACACUUACACACUAUCACCACCACCUUCACGGAGCCCCUCCAUGCUGCAUUUUGUGUAUGGGAUGAUUGGGUGAGAAUACUGUAGUAGAAAUACGGAACAACAUAUAAAAAGGCAAUUGUAUCACAGUGUUUACUAGAGUAGGAUUAGAGUCCAAUUGGCUUGGAUUUGUUUUAACUGUCAUUCAGUGAUUUGUCAAAUUCUGUGUUUAAGAGACCUUCCAACUAUAACAAUAGUACUAUAAAAUCUUACAGUAUCUAUAAGGAAGUAAAAUAAUUUUGUAUCCUGUAGGUGUCGUGGUUUACACAACGGUCUAUAGCCAAGUUAGAAAAUUACAUCUAGAAGCCAGUGUUAUCUGUACCGUAGAAUGUGGUCCUACAUGCAGUUAAGCAACAUUGGACAGGGGAAAAAUAUAAUCAAAAUGGAAGCAUAGUGUAAAAAUCAAAUACUAAAAGUUAAACUAUAUUUCUCUAACGUCCUAAGUGGAUGCUGGGGACUCCGUCAGGACCAUGGGGAAUAGCGGCUCC